AUGGAAGUUGAGCCAUACCAGUUUGAGCCAACUGUUUCAGAAGAAGAAUCUUCUGCUUCAGAUGACUCAAGCGAUGUAUUCUUGGAUGAUGUCAACGAGGAUCGAAUUGGUCAUGUGGGAUGGUGAGCGUUUCGUUCAUUCCCUCUGUUGUUUGUGGAAAGUUGGUAAUAAAUACUGUUGAAUUUAACUCCAGAAAGGUUUCUUGUUUUCAGUUGUCGAUUUAUUGUCUUUGUCGAACCACUUUUCACUAUGCAAUGCGUGAAUGGGCAGAGUUUUUUAUAUUCAAUGUUCAGACUGACUCAUGUUUAUGCUGAGUUUUGAAUUUUUACAUCAAAAUGCUGGAAAUUUUACUGUUUUGAUACAAUUUUGUCAUGAACAGUCUUGAACUCUUAAUAAAGGUGUAUUUGUGGAAACUGUGUACCCAUGCACACUGGGCGGGAGAGCACUUGCUGCCGUGAAAACGCCAAGUCCUGCGAUAAGAUGCCACCUGCCAUGUCACGUGUAACUGAUAACGAGAAUUUCAAUGCUGUGUGCACGAAUCCAGCUGUUAUUGAAACAGCAUUUAAUCAGUACUUAGAAAAUGAAGGCCCAAUAGAUGAUGAGCCUCUGAAUGAGUAUGUAUGCAACACAUUGUUAUAAUUUUGCUUUGAAAACACCAAUCCGUAUUUAUUUGUGACUUCUACAUGUACUAAACAUCCAAGCCAUCUGGGGAUUUACUGCGCAAAAGAUCAGUAUUUUUAAGUUAGGGUGAUCUAAAUGUGGAUACUGUGGGAGUUAGGUCUUGUCAGGAAGGAUAGAUGAUUCAUUUUACUGUCAGAAGGAUGUUGGUUUCGGUUUGCAGGCUGCUGCUAAGUACAUGUAUAAUGGCAUCACCCAAGUAUAAUUCUUCCCAAGAUGUAAUACUCUCUGCCUUUGUGGUCUUUACGUAUCAUAAUUAAUGUUCAAUUGCAGUAGCUUGCUUUGAAUUUAUUUCUGCAUUGCAUUGGGAUGACUUCUUCUGUCUUUCCUUGUUAGUACCUACAGAUAUGUUGCCUACACAUACACACACAGGCAAUACACAUAUUGGAUUAACAAGAAGCUGGGUAGGAAAAUCGGAAUCCCAAUCCCAUCAUGUGUGGUGAAGCAAAUAAGAGAGAGUUUUCCAAGUGAAGGUGGAAACUAUAAGGGCUUUGAAUAUGCUCAUUAA